AUGCCAAGCGUGCGUGAGGAGGGACGCUCAAGUCCAUCAUCAGACUUUCAAGGUUUGCAAUGCAUGCCCGUGGAUAAAGGUGCCCGAGCACCGCGAAGCUCGAAGGUAUCGGACUCUGGUUCCGGAGAGCCGAUGCCCUUAAUCGUUGGUACUGCAUGCUAG